CAGAUGGCAGUUCAACCGCAUUGAAAUGCUUCGGAACUAUGCUUGUAUCUUUUGUUUCGUAAACAAUAAGAAAAUGACAUCAAGAUCGCACUUAAACGCUUAAUCAUCAUACGUUGAUGCAAUUAGAAAUACAAGAAUGAUUCAACUGCACAAAUAUAUUCCAUUAAAUCUUCAUUUAAAAAUGGUAACAAUAAAAAAAGUGUCUAAUAAAUGUUCAUCUAUUAAAGCUGUAAUUUUUGACAUGGGUGGUGUAAUAGUUCCUUCACCUUUGCCUUUGUUUAAAAAAUUUGCAAAGAAACAUAAUUUGUCUGAAGAUCAAAUGAAUACACUAUUUUUUGAUGGUGGUGAUUCAAGCUUGUUAGGUCAGUUGGAAAAGGGAUAUAUUAAUUUGCAGGAAUAUUCAUCAGUUCUCUCUGAUAAAGCUAAAAAAGUUAUCGGAAUUCCAUUAGAGGAUGAAAUUUUCUCAGUUUGGGCAAAAUCAAACGAAUACCUUAAACCUUUCCCAAAUGUUAUAUCUGCUAUCAAAGAAAUAAGAUCAGUUGGAAUAAAAACUGCGUUGCUGACAAAUAAUGCGUUCAUCGAGGGUAAUAGAACUGUAAUGCCUCUUGAUAGAAAUCUAUUUGAUGUGAUUGUAGAGUCAUGCGUUGAAGGAUUGCGUAAACCAAAUGUUAACAUUUAUAAACUAACCUUAGACAGAUUAUCUGUAGAACCUUCAGAAGCUGUUUUUUUAGAUGACCUUGGUGAAAACCUUAAAAGUGCUCGUUCUCUUGGAAUAAAUACAAUAAAGGUUUCAGAUCAACAUUCUGCUUUAAAUGAACUUCAAAAAGUUUUGAAUAUGACAUUUGUACACGCUAUCCCUGGAACAACUGAUGUUAAAGAGCCUCAUCAGUUGCCAGUUGAAUUGUUAAAAGAUUUUAUAAUUUCUAAAUUGCAUUUAAAAGAUAAUGGACAACCAUUGUUACUAAGAAAGUUUAAACAUGGUCAGUCUAAUCCUACAUACUAUAUUCAGUGUGGAGGCGAAGAAAUUGUUUUAAGAAAAAAGCCACCAGGAAAGCUGCUACCUUCUGCUCAUUCAAUUGAGAGAGAAUAUAAGGUGAUGAAAGCUUUAAAUCAAUUUGGUGUACCUGUUCCUAAAAUGUUCUGUUUGUGUGAAGAUUCUAGUAUAAUUGGCACAUCUUUCUUUUUAAUGGAAUAUGUACAUGGUAGGGUGUUUAAAGACAUUGCAAAUGUUUCUCCUACUGAGAGAACCAAUGUAUACAACUCUUUAGUUGAAGUAUUACAACAGAUACAUUCUGUUGACAUUGAAAGAUCUGGACUUACAGAUUUUGGAAAAAAAGGAAAUUACAUGAAAAGACAAAUUUCUAUAUGGUCAGCACAGUAUGAAGCAAGUAAGACAUGCAGUGUUCCUCAAAUGGAUCAUUUAAUGGAUUGGCUACCAAAAAAUUUACCGGAAACUGAGAAAUCAACUAUUGUACAUGGUGAUUUUAGACUGGAUAAUUGCAUAUUUGAUGAGAACUCAUAUUCAAUUAAAUCAAUUCUUGAUUGGGAGUUGUCUACAAUUGGAGAUCCAAUCACUGAUUUGGCUUACCUAUGUGCUAUAUAUCAUCUUCCUAAAGAUUUUUCACUUAUUCAGGGUUUAUAUGGUGUUGACUUAAAGUUACAAGGCAUUCCAACUGAACAAGAUGUUUUACAAAAAUAUUGCACCGCAAUGAAAAUUUCUGAAAUAAAGAAAUGGAAUGUGUACAUGGCAUUUUCAUUUUUUCGACUUGCUGCCAUUAUUCAAGGUGUUUAUAAACGAUCUUUAAAUAAUCAAUCCAGCUCAGACCAAGCUAGACACUUAGAAAAAUAUACUCAAAUGAUGGCUAUGAUUGGAUGUCAGUUUGCAGAUAAAGAAGAUAGUUCAAAUGUUUCUAAAAACUUAACCAAAAUUGAAUCUUCAAUGAUUGCAUUUAGCGUAUCAGGCUUGUCGCCACAUGCCCAAAAGCUUUAUGCUGAUGUGGUUGCAUUUAUGAAGAAUAAUGUGUAUCCAAUUGAAAACAAAAUUACGUCAGAAAAAGUUGGGGAAUUAAAAUGGACAACAAACACUGGAAUGGAAGAAUUAAAGAACAAAGCAAAAUCAGCAGGUUUAUGGAAUUUGUUUAUUCCAUUGAAUACUGAUCCUGAAUGCAAAUUUGGGGCAGGGUUGACAAAUUUGGAAUAUGCAUUUAUUUGUGAAGAAAUGGGAAAGGUGAUUACAGCUCCAGAGAUUUUUAACUGUUCAGCCCCUGAUACUGGUAAUAUGGAAGUUUUAAUUAAAUAUGGAAGUAAAAAACAACAGGAUGAAUGGUUGGUUCCUUUACUGGAAGGAAAAAUUCGUUCAUGCUUUGGUAUGACUGAACCACAGGUUGCUUCAUCUGAUGCAACAAAUAUUGAAUCUUCUAUUGUACGUGAAGGGGACAAUUAUAUUAUUAAUGGAAAAAAAUGGUGGAUUUCAGGUGCAAUGGAUCCACGAUGUGCUCUUUGUAUUUUCAUGGGUAAAACUAAUCCUUCUGCCCCUAAGCAUUUGCAGCAGUCAAUGAUUCUUAUUCCAAUGAAUGCUGAAGGUGUGAGGGUAAUAAGGCCACUCUCUGUUUUUGGUUAUGAAGAUGCACCAAGUGGUCAUGCAGAAAUAGAAUUUACAAAUGUUCGUGUACCUGUUUCUAAUAUUCUGGUUGGUGAAGGUCGUGGUUUUGAAAUUGCCCAGGGCCGUCUUGGUCCUGGUCGCAUUCAUCAUUGUAUGAGAUUAAUAGGAUGGUCAGAACGUGCUUUGGAGCUCAUGGUUAAUCGAGCAAACUCAAGAACAGCAUUUGGUAAGCCACUUAUUGCACAAGGUACAGUUCAAUCACAUAUUGCCGAAUCCAGAAUUGAAAUUGAACAAGCACGAUUAUUGACUUUAAAAGCAGCACAUAUGAUGGACACAGUCGGUAACAAAGUUGCAGCUUCUGAGAUAGCAAUGAUAAAAGUGAUUGCUCCUCGUACAGCGCAGACGAUUAUCGAUAGAGCAAUACAGAUUUUUGGUGCUGCUGGAUUAUCUGCAGAUACUCCUCUUGCACACAUGUUUGCUUUUUCGCGCGUUUUGCGUUUGGCUGAUGGUCCCGAUGAAGUACAUAAGCAAGCUAUCGCCAAAAUUGAAAUAAAAAGACAACUAACACGACUCUGAAGUUCUAAUUGUCCUAAGUUAUUCAGCUUAGUUGUGCUUACUUAAAUUGCACCUACUACUACUUAAAAUUCAACAAUACGCCAAUUCGUUCUCAGAUGUUUUUCGCACGAUGGGUGAUAUUUUGUCAAUUUUUUGAUUAUCUCGGUAAAUAUCAGCGUUAAAUAAUUAUUUCGAAAAAUAUUUCCGUCAAAUAAUUAUGUCAAAAAUAUUUCCGUCAAAUGAUUAUGUCGAAAAGAAUUAGUGCCAAACAGUUAUGUCAAAAGGUAUGUGUAUCAAACGAUUUCUAUAAUGUAAGGUAUGAAAGUGUUUUUCUCACAAAACCAAAAAUUUAUAAAUUGAAUUGUAAAAAGUUUAAAAUUUUUGUUUUUCGUAUCUGAAAACUCCGGAAACAUUACCAAACCUCUAAAAAAAAGUCAUGCAAAAUGUCAUCUAAAGUUUUUAAUUUCGUCAACUGGUUUGAAAAACUUAUUAAGUUUAGCGUAUUAAAAAAUUAGAUUGUGUAUGUCGUUUGAUAAUUUGCACUUUUUUAUAACUCCUAUAACUAACUUUAAUUGGUAAAAUGCAAACUGCAAACCGGUUAAAUGCGAACUAUUUUGCGAACCAAAGCAUUUUAUGGUCCACAAUGUCUUAAUAAAUUUGUUUUGGUUAGGUCAGGAUUUUAUUAUUAAAAGUUUUAAAAAAUGACUAGUAAACUGUUACAUCACCAACUGUUGAUCGUGGCUUCCUAAAAAGUUUGCAUUUUACUUAAUCCAUCGACAUCAUCGACUGCUAAUAAGAUCGUGGCUUCCUAAAAAGUUUGCAUUUUACUUAAUCCAUCGACAUCAUCGACAACUAUGUUAAUGUGUAUUUUGUAAUUAGAAUAACAAAGUUUAUUUUAUUAAAUAUAUUUUUUGAAUUACAUAUA